GCGCGCGCUGCUUUCACAGCCUCUGCGCGAUGAUGGCGAGCUGAGAAAUCUGCUCCGCUUUGGAGAAUAUCAUCACCCACUCACCUCAGCACCCGCACACAUACCCUCACACACACAUCCAGAGAGGAGGGGAGAGAGAGAGACGGCGGAAGAGCUCUGCUAGAUAGUGUGGAUAGCAAACGGAAGCUUCUUAAGCCGUAGGAUUUUUCAAACUGCGUUUACUAUUCAUUACAUUCCCACCUGAAGGACCCCUAAAGCCGAGCGGCGCAGGAAAGCAGCGAGGAAUCACCGGCUUCUGCUUGUUUUAUGUCGGCAGCGCGGGGUUUGUCUGUUGGCAAGCGGCUGUGGAGAUGCUCCUGUAAUUGGAUUCAUCUGGAAAGCGCUCAAACCGCGAGGAGAGCUGCUUAAGUGACAGCGGCUCUCUAUAACGCAGCGUAGUAAAUUCUCUUUCUUUCAGCCUGCCUCUUCAUCUUUCUUUUUCCUGCGCUCAGCUCCAUCUCCCUCUCUUUUCUCGGCAACCCUCUCUCAUCUUGUUCCCACAGCAGAAGAGUUUCUGUCGCACGCAGAUCCUCGCGAUGGGUGAUAAAGGCACGAGGGUGUUUAAGAAGGCAAGUCCAAAUGGGAAGUUAACUGUGUACCUUGGUAAGAGGGAUUUCGUCGACCACGUGGAUCUUGUGGAGCCCGUCGAUGGUGUGGUUUUAAUUGACCCAGAGUACUUAAAAGAGAGAAAAGUUUUUGUGACAUUGACAUGUGCCUUCCGCUAUGGAAGGGAGGACUUGGACGUUCUUGGCUUGACGUUUCGCAAAGACCUCUUUGUGGCCAACAUCCAGGCAUUUCCUCCUGUGCCUGAAGAGAAAAAGAGCUUGACACGUCUACAAGAGCGACUGAUAAAGAAACUUGGAGAACAUGCUUACCCCUUCACCUUUGAGAUUCCGCCGAAUUUACCCUGUUCUGUCACGUUACAACCAGGGCCAGAGGAUACAGGAAAGGCCUGCGGGGUUGACUUUGAAGUGAAAGCUUUCUGUGCAGAAAAUGUUGAAGAAAAAAUCCACAAAAGGAAUUCAGUGCGUCUUGUCAUCAGAAAAGUGCAGUAUGCUCCUGAGAAGCCGGGCCCACAGCCAAUGGCUGAAACCACAAGGCAGUUUCUCAUGUCAGACAAGCCUUUACACCUGGAGGCCUCACUUGACAAGGAGAUUUACUAUCAUGGUGAACCAAUCAGUGUCAACGUCCAUGUCACAAACAAUACAAACAAGACAGUAAAAAAGAUCAAGAUUUCAGUGCGUCAAUAUGCUGAUAUCUGCCUCUUCAAUACUGCCCAGUACAAGUGUCCAGUGGCGACAGAGGAAACAGAUGAUAUUGUGGCCCCCAGUGCGACAUUUUGUAAGGUAUAUACUCUCACGCCUUUCCUCGCGAAUAACCGAGAGAAACGUGGCUUGGCUCUGGAUGGCAAACUCAAACAUGAAGACACAAAUUUAGCCUCAAGUACAUUGUUAAGAGAGGGGGCCAAUAAGGAAAUUCUGGGCAUCAUUGUUUCUUAUAAAGUGAAAGUGAAGCUGGUGGUGUCCCGCGGAGGGCUGCUUGGAGAUCUUGCCUCAAGUGAUGUUGCCGUUGAGCUCCCCUUUACAUUAAUGCAUCCCAAACCAUUGGAAGAAUCGAUUUACAGAGAUGCUCCAGAAAAUGAUGUCCCCAUUGACACAAACCUCAUUGAAUUUGACACAAAUGACGAUGACAUCAUCUUUGAGGACUUUGCUCGACAACGACUGAUUGGGGCAAAAGAUGAUAAAGAUGAAGACGAGGAGGGUGCCGAUUCGCCCAAACUGAAUGACAGAUAGAUAUGCAGAUGAGAGUUUCCUGUGUUGUGACGAUACAAGAGACCCUUUUGAGAUAACCUGGAAAAAUGGGACACCCUUUGACACACUCACAGUGGUGCAGUUGUUGUGUUCUUGUUCACAUUUGUCUCUUCCAUCCUGCAAGGGUGUACAGUAAAAACUUAAGUGUAGAAAAUGUGACCUUGUCGUUGAAGCGAUUAGAAGGUGAGAUUUUAGUUGAUAGGCCGGCCACUGAAUGCCUCGGAUAUUUGAGGGUCAUUGAUUUG